ACUCUCUCUCCCUCUUUAAAUAAAAAAACAAUAAACAAACAAACAAACAAACCUUCUAACAUUAAUACGGAUUUUGUUUCCUGAAUGAAUCAUGUAUUGGUAUGUAUCAUUUAGGUUACUAUAAACCAUUUGUGAGUAGUAAUGGAUCAUUAUUAAUUUAUUAAUGGUGUCUUUUGACAAGCAAAAGUCUUCUAAUUAUAAUGAGGUAAUAACUUAUCAUUUUUUUAGUUAUUGUCUUCUGUCACCUCCUAAGAGACCUUUAUCUAUCCCCAAGUUAGAAAGAUAUCCUCCUAUGUUUUUCUCUAAAAGCUUGUGGCUUUAGCUUGUAUGGUUAGAUCUAUAAUUUGUUUUGAAUUAACUUUUUGGUAUGUAUAAGAUACACACAACAUACAUGAGUUGCAAAACCAUGAGUGAAAAAAAACCAAAUGCAGAGUACCUGUCAUACAACACUAUUUAUAUGACCUUCCAUAGCAGGAAUAACUCAGCUGUAGUCAUAGAAAUCAGAACACUGAUUUCCUGGGCGGGGAGACGGUACUGACUCAAAGGGGCACAAGAAAAAAAUACUGGGGUCAUGGAGACGUUCUGUGUCUUAAUUAAUAGUUUUUACAUAUACAUGUACAUGUGUAAAAAAACACAAUAAACUGUACACUUAAAUUGCAUGUGUUUUACAUUAUGGAAGUUGUACUUCAAUUAAAAAUGUAGUAGAAGGCUUAAAAAACCUCAAGUAAAGAAAAGAACUUCAAUGAUCCUACGUUUGUUUGUUUCCUAAAUGGGAGAAAAAUCUAGUCCCUUGGUAAUGUCAAAGAGAAGCUACUGGCUUAUGAAUUGUUAUGAUUGUAAGUAACUAAUUCUUUCAUCAUCAAAAGAGAAUGUGAUGACAUCAUCAUUCCCAGAAGACUGAAAUAAUAAGCAAGCAAACUGGGGAGUGCCGAAGAACCACUACCAGGGUAUCUGAUUCAUGAUUUUUCAAAGGUCUCAGAAGGUCCUGCUUGAAAACUGUCUGCCCACUUGAGAUUUUCCACAUGUCUUCCCAAACCACCAUGCCAUAAGUGUUGAGUCUCCAAGGAAGAAACCGUGUAAAAGUCCUCUAUGAUCUUAGGGAGACAAAAGGAAAGGAUGAAAUACAGAAGAAAAACAAGUCAACUGCUAUUACUUUUAUUGUUUUUAUGGGCUUUGUACAGACAGUAUCAUGUCAGCACAAAGAAACUACAGAAGAUAUAUCGGUGCUGGUCUAUGAACAGUCCAUCAAAGGAAUUAAAGCUUUCAGACUGGUUUUCUCCCAGUCAGUCCAUGAACCUGACCACCACCAACUGGUCAGCUCCAGUUGUGUGGCAUGGCACUUUCAAUGAAGAAGUUUUGGAACAGUAUUAUGCCAAACAUAAAAUUACCGUGGGGCUGACUGUGUUUGCCGUAGGAAGAUAUAUCGACCACUAUUUGAGGAAAUUUAUACUAUCUGCAGAUAUGUUUUUUAUGGUUGGCCAUAAAGUCAUAAUUUAUGUCCUGAUAGAUGACUUCUCCAGGAUGCCUUGGAUACAGCUGAGUCCCCUCCGUACAAUCAAAGUGUUUGAAAUUAAGUGAGAGAAGAGAUGGCAAGAUGUCAGCAUGAUGCGCAUGAAGACUAUUAGUGAACAUGUUGUAGAUCAUAUCCAGCGUGAAGUCGACUUUCUCUUCUGCAUGGAUGUAGAUCAAGUCUUCGUAAGGAAAUAUGGAGUGGAGACUCUGGGGGAGUCAGUGGCUCAGUUACAUGCUUACUGGUACAAGGCAGAUCUGAUAAAGGUGCCAUAUGAAAGAAGUGAGUUAUCAGAAGCAUAUAUACCUACUGGCAUGGGAGAUUUUUAUUACCAUGCUGCUGUAUUUGGUGGCACUCCUACCCAAGUUCUCAAUAUUGCCAGGGAGUGCUUGAAAGGAAUCAUGAAUGACAAGAAAAACAGCAUUGAAGCAGUAUGGCAUGAUGAAAGCCACUUAAAUAAGUAUUUCUUUCUCCACAAACCUGCUAAGCUCUUAUCACCGGAAUAUUGCUGGGAUUUUACUAGAACAGAUAUCAUUAAUAUUCAUAAUAUCAAACUCUCUUGGGCUAAAAAGGAUUAUAAACAUCUUAGGGUGAAAUUGUAGUUUUAUAGCACUUCCUUCAGAUUUCUGAAAAUAAGAGCAUCAUUUUUGUCUUAUUCCUUAGGAAAUUAGCACUUGAUAAAUUUUAGCACUAAAAAAAAAAAUCACUAGCAAAAUGGCAAGACCGCCAAUGUGGAAUAGUCAUACUUCUCAUAUUCAUUGUGAAUUGUAUAAGAUGGGAUACAGCAAUUGCAGAAUGAAUGUACUGACGUCAGAUGGAGAUACAAUGAUUUCAUAUCCUGUGUGAAUAUUGAGGAGAUAUUAUUUGUUGGAUUACAUUGAACAAAAUAGAAUCUGUCACAAGAAAAUGAAACCUGAAAUAUUUUUAUUGAUCCAGUAGAUACACAUUUCUCAUACUGCUUAAGAAAGGGGGUUGUCAGGGUGCCUGGGUGGCUCAGCCGGUCCAACUCUUGAUUUUGGCUCAGGUCAGGAUUCCAGGGUUGUUGGAUCAAGGAUCCCGUCAAGCUCUGUGCUGAGCAUGGAGCCUGCUUAAGAUUCUCUCUCUCUCUGUGUCUCUCUCUCUUUACCUCUUUCUCUCUCUCUCUCUCUCCCUCUGCCUCUUCCCCCAUCUCUCUCUCUCAAAUAAGAUUAAAUCUAAAAAAUUAACAAAAUAAAAUAAAAAUAAAAAAUAAAGGGGAUUGUCUGGAGGUGUGGAUAAGAAGUCACUGCAACUAUAGUAAUAUCCUGUCUAUGCAAAACAUUAAAGAUGUUAAAGCUGCCAUCAGAUGGACGGAUCAUUACUUAGGAAACUGAGUCACUCAAAAAGAACUAGGCGUUUUGAAACUAUGAGAUUGAUUGUUAUAAAAACUAAAAGAAAAUGUAAUAGAUACAGAGAAAAUUGAAAGCUCCUCCUUUACUCUCCCUUUGAAAACCUAUCCCUCACUAUUCCUUUUAUAUGCAUUUAUAUACCCACCACAUGAACACCCACACACACAGUGACACUUGUAUUUUACACAAAUUGAUUCGUAUCACACACAUGCACACAUACAGGCACACACAAGGAUUUUACCACUAGUCGGGGCCCAGUUAGGAAAACAGAUAAUGCUAUCCUCAGUAUUUAACGGUGGAGAUUUAACACAGGGAACCGGACAUACAAGAGCUCAUAACAGAGCUGAAGUGCACACAAGAGAAAGUGAAGCAACCCAUAAUUAAAAAAAAAAAAUUAAUGUUUAUUUUGGAGAGAGAGAG